GCGAAGCAGCAGGCAGCGGGCCACCAGGGCGGAGCGGCUGGCACCGGGCCCCAGGGCGGAGCGGCAGGCACGGGCCCCCGGGCGGAGCGGCAGGCACCGGGCCCCCGGGCGGAACCAGCGGGCAGGCGCCGUGCCCACAGGCGGGGCGACAGGCGCCGUGCCCCCAGGUUGGAGCGGCAGGCGCCGGGCCCCACCAGGCGGGGCGACAGGCAUCGGGCCCCCAGGCGGAGCGGCGGGGCGCCGGACCCCAAGGUGGAGCGACAGGUCUCGGGCCCUCAGGUGGAGCGGACAGGUAUCUCGGGCCCUCAGGCGGAGCGGCGGGCGCCGGACCCCCAGGUGGAGCGACAGGUCUCG